GACUGACUUGACAGUGUUAACUGCUGACGCAGGCGAAUCUCCAAAAGGUUUAACGUUCGUUUGACUCAUUUGAAGAAGAUGACGUCACAAGCUUCUACCCCGUCUGUAUAGUAAAGACCUUGGAAAAUCACAGCCCGAUAUGAUGAGAUUCUAAGGUGAAUUAAAUCAGACAUGUACACUCAUACCAAAUACAAUAUUUGUGAACACGAGGGCACAGGAAAACCUGCCACGGCAUUCCCGCCUUACGAAGAAAGACCAGAGACUUACUAUGUCCCUGUAUUGUUUGCCAUCAUAUUCAUCUUGGGAGUCGUUGGAAACGGAAUCAUAGUGAUCACCUUUCUCCGUCAUAAGAGUAUGAGAUCUAGCUCUAACACUUACAUCUUCAGUCUAGCUUUAGCGGAUUUACUUGUGAUCAUCACCUGUGUUCCUUUCACCUCUAUACUGUACACUGUGAAGUAUUGGCCAUUCGGGACGUUCCUUUGUAAAUUAUCGAUGACCACAAAAGAUAUAUUCAUUGGUGUAUCUGUAUUUACCUUGGCUGCUCUCUCCGCAAGAAGAUAUAUCCCGAUAAAACACCCUAUCAGACAAAGAGUCUCAGAGGAAACAUCGUCUCAGUCUACCAGAACAGUCUUAGCGAUCUGGGGACUCGCUAUAUUUGUCUCUGUGCCUUCUGCGAUCGGUGCCCACCUCAGAGUGAUCGAUUCAAAUCCUUCAGCGGUUAUCUGCUACCCAUACCCGGCGGAGUACGGAUUGGCUUACGCGAAGGGUGUAGUUCUUGCCAAGUUUCUCAUCCAUUACGUAGUACCAUUCAGUACAAUCGCAAUCUUAUACAUCAUGAUCGCUCGCCAGUUAAUAAUCAGCACCAGGAAUAUUUCCCUAUUCCCAGGUGGGCUACAGCCUCACCAAGCGAGGCUAAUCAAGGAGAGGAGAAAAGCAGCGAAGAAAGUAUUAGUCUAUGUUUUAAUUUUUGCUGUCUUUUUACUACCCCAUCACGUUUUUCUACUUUGGUUUUACUGGUUUUCCGAAAACCCCAUGAGAAACUACAACAAAUUCUGGCACUAUUUGAGGAUAAUUGGUUUCUGCCUCACUUUUGCUAACUCCUUUGUCAACCCUUUUAUCUUGUACGAUACAGGGACUUUCGGAAAGCACUUCAACCGAUACCUCCGUUGUAGACAAGACCCAAGUAGUAGUCAAGAACGUUCGAGCACCCGGAGACUUACAAACUCAAGGACAACGAGUUCAUCAACAAGAAGUUAUUGAAGCUUCCGUCAAGGCACCAUUGCCAAGGACAAAGUCAUCUGACGUGUGCUCUGAAAAAGAGACUUUUUGAGAACAAUGCUGUAAACUCUAAUACUGUAUAUUUAGUAAAUUAUAAGAUUUAAGAUUCUCUGUGUUAUUUUUAAGUAGGUUGUUAGUCAAUUAGAUUGAUCAAGCAAGACCUAAACAGUCGGAGAACAGAAACCAAGGUGGAUUAAGGAUGUAUAUUGAUAAUUUAAUUGGAUAUUGAAAGUUUAAUCUUUUUGUACACAUUGUAUUUCAGUUUUGUUAGUCAAGAUAAAAAGUGCUAAUAGUUUAAUUGCACUGGCGUUAAGCAUGAAGCACUGUUUUAAAUGUACUUCAAUUGUUUGAUUUGUGAUAAUCGACUAUUAAUGUUUAAUUAAUUAUUACCGUAACUAACAUGAGAACAUUACAUACUUUUUUAAGUCUUGCUUAAGUAGUUAUGCUAGUAAGGCUACUGCAUGGGAUUGUUCAUAUUAAAGUGAUAUUUCGUGUACAGAUUUCAGGGAAUGUUUAGGAAGUAUUUUGAUAAAAGCUUUGAUUAUACAGAACUAUUUCUCUUCAAGUGCCAAACAUUAACGAGUGUUUGUCAGUCAGGAUAAAUAGUGAGCAUUUUAAUGUACCCAAAAAAUAGUUCGUUUUUGGAUUUUUAAUAAUUUUUAUUUUGGAAUGUUUAAUGGUGUUUGGUUGUUUGUUGCGAUUGGAGUGAGGUAAUUUCACCCGCAGGUUUUCUUUUAGUUGAAAGAGAACCAGCGCUUGGUUAGACAAAGAUAAGAAUUGUAAACAUAAACUCGUUCGAAGUGUAGCACAAAAUUGUCCAAUUAGUAUUUUUUCUUACAAAAAAGCAAACAAAUUUUAUUCAAUUCAUGCAAUAGUCAGAAAGUCAGAAAUAAUACGGGAAAACAUGAUAUAGCUAAUUUACCUAUGAGGACUAUUGCUUUAACUAUUGCUAAUUUAACUAUACUUGUCUGUUUUAUUACUAUUUUGCUUGAAAUUCUGUAAAAACUAAGACAAUUAAAAACAAAAACAAAAAAUUAACUUCAGACAAUGAAAAAUAUUAAAAAAUAUUGGUUUGUUUUAACAAGAUUUUUUAAAGGCAAUUCCAUUUUGCCUACAAGUUUCAAUGUAGGGAAUGUAAGUAUGCAUUUUUGUUUAAAAAUAACAAACCUGUACAUAAGUUUGGACAAAACUACAAGUUUACUGUAUAAAUCAUUAGAAUACUAGAGAACCCUUAUACUCUACAACAUUUGGUAGCAUUUUGUCAUAAUACUUUUCGGCUUUAAGAUUUGGUAAUGCCAAAGAAUCUGUUAUGCACAUUUUUACCGUCUUUGUAAUAUGUUGGUUUAUAAUGUUUUGUAUUUUGAAAAUUAAAACCCUUUGUUUAAAGUAGUAGAUAUUUUAGUUUUAAGAACUGUUUGU